AUUCUCUAAAAUCAUGGACAGUGUAUGGAUUAAUGUCCCAUUGGAAAAGGAACAUUAAUUAGAACUUUUUACUACAUUACCCCUAGAGUAGUACCUAAUAAAGAUAUUUUACAAGUAGGCCUACGUAGUGUGAUAUUGCUGUGGACAAGUAUACACCAGUAGUUGAUGUAAGAAGCCCUGCGAGUGCUUGGUCUGUUCAGUUGUGAGGUAUCUGCCACCAUGAGUAUCUCACCCUCAGAAGUGUACCCUGGAGUGGUGAAGACAGGGGCUUACCGCUACGAGGACGGAACACGGUACAUGGGUGACUGGAAUGAGAGAGGACAGAAACAUGGCUUGGGUCAUCUGAGUCUUCCAGACGGCACUCGCUAUAUUGGCACAUUCCACAAUGGGCUGUGUUCAGGAUUGGGUGUCAUGUACUUUGCUGACGGCGCUAAGUAUGAAGGAGAGUUGAUGCAGGGGUGGUUUCAUGGCCACGGUGUUUUUUGGAGAGCCGAUAGCAUGAAGUUUGAGGGAGAGUUUCGUGGUGGCCGCAUAUGGGGACUAGGAAUGGUGACAUUCAGUGAUGGCAGUCAUGGAUUCCCAAAGAACGAAGGAUUCUUCCAGGACUGCAAACUGGUGCGAAAGAAAAGAUGCCCAGAGGUGGUUCAACGAGCUCAGAAAGUAGCGUUAAUGGCAAGAGCUCAAUCCGAACAAAAUAAUAGUUAAAACACUUAGUUUUAAAAUAUACAGCUAGAAU